CCCAUCACACCUUGCCUUGUUGCUGCUGGCCUUUGGCCCAGCACCCCUGUCCACCUUGUUCUCGCCUUCACCAUCAAACUCCUUGCCUUCUAUUUGCAGCUUUUUGCUGACUGCAUGGCACCCAAUGAGGCAUUUUGUGAAACACUCCAGCAGUUCCAUGCAGUACGAGGGGUUUUCCACUGCAAUGACAAGGGUAGACCAAUUGAGGAUCCCUUCUGUCAUGCCUGGGCUGUGGCCACUCAGUGGUAUCAGUUGGGCAUGAUCAUGAUCACGAGCCACCUGGAGUGUGCCUUGCAUGAAGCAUGGUGUCUUCUCAUUCCAGACCUGCUGUCUUUGCAAGUCUCCGAAUAUAUCCACCAGCCCACAUCUGACAGCACACUUUGUCCCACCUGCUUUGGAGGGGAAGAGUGGGGAAGCAACAUGAAGAUCUUUCCGGACAUACUUGUCCAACUGGAUGGCAACUUCCACCACCGCUGCAAUCUCUCUGGAGGUACAGGACCAUCAUUUUACUCUCCAUUGCUCUUUUUAGAUGACAUGUAUGUCAGCAAGGUGGGAUGUGAGAUGGAGGCAAUGCAAAUGGCGACCCAGCCCAAUGCAGUGCAGAAGGCAACAACCUUGGUGGAAGAAGUGGUUGCCGCUUGUUGGGACUCUUUCAAAGCAGCACAAGAAAAGGACAGUCAAGGAGUACCAGGCUUCCAUGAUGAGAAGGGCCUGGUAGUCUGUUCUUGCAUGCAUGAUGUGCCCUUACUGAUAUGCAACAUUACAACACCUGGAGAACAUCAAAUGUAUGUCAUUGCACUUAUCUGCUGA